AGCGACUGGUGCACAGUUUAUUCUAUUGAGCGCUCGAGUAAGGUAGCCAUGGUGAUUGAGAGCUGGAAGCAGAGCGGCAUUGCCACAAAAUUUCCAAGCUAUCGCAAUUCAGCGCUGGUAACUGCGCACAGCUGGCAGCAGGGCAAGCGACAGGACGACGAGGCUGAGGGCUUGUGGCGCAUAUACGAUGGCAUCUAUGACUUUACAGAGUUCAUCGAUAAGCAUCCGGGCGGUGCGUUCUGGAUACGCGAAACCAAAGGCACGGACAUAACCGAAGCCUUCGAGGCGCAUCAUUUGAGCAGCGCGCCCGAGAAAAUGAUUGGCAAGUACAAAGUGCGUGAGGCGGCCAAGCCAAGAAUUUAUACGUUAACGCUAGAUGAGCAUGGCUUCUAUAAGACGCUGAAGAAGCGCGUGCAGGAGAAGUUGAAGAGCACAGACAAGUCGCCCAAGCGCAAGAGUGAUUUUAUACAUUUAGCACUUAUACUAGCUACUUAUCUGUUUGGCUUGCUGAGCGCCAAGUACGACAGUUUGCUGGCGUUGGUGCUUGGAGGCGUGGCACUUUGCUGGACUGUCAUAGUGUCGCACAAUUAUUUUCAUCGUCGCGACAAUUGGCAAAUGUACGCCUUCAAUUUGGGCAUGAUGAACGUUUGCUCCUGGCGCAUUUCGCACGCCAUGUCGCAUCAUAUCUACCCCAACUCCUAUUUGGAUCUGGAGCUAAGCAUGUUUGAGCCGCUGCUCUGCUGGGUGCCCAAUGCGCAUAUCAAGAGCCAGGCGCUGCGCUAUAUCUCCUGGAUUACCGAGCCCAUUGCCUAUGCCAUUGCAUUCUUCAUACAAAUGGGCACGCGCAUUUACUACUCGCUGCGUAAUACGAAUGUUAUGUAUUGGCACGAUCUGCUGCCGCUGAGCAUACCGCUGGUUAUGUACUACGGCUCGGCGGGCACGGCGUGCUGGCUGCUCUGCUUGCGCCAGUGGCUAGCAAUGACUUCGAUUGCCAGCUUUGCUUUCUGCGUCAUUGGACUGAAUGCAGCGCAUCAUGACCCGGAAAUCUAUCAUGAGGGCGAUGCUAAUCGCGAGGAUCGCGACUGGGGCUUGUUCCAAGUAGACACCAUUAUCGAUCGCGGCGAUCUCAAGUGGUCGCAGUUUCUGGUGCUCACACACUUUGGCGAUCAUGUGCUGCAUCAUUUGUUUCCCACGCUCGAUCACGGACUGCUGCCGUCGCUCUAUCCGGUGCUCUAUGAAACUUUGGAUGAAUUCAAGUGUCAACUACGCGAAUGCAAUCACAUUGAGCAUAUUAUAGGUCAGCACAAGCAGCUGCUGCGCAUUGAGCCCAAUCCACGGCCACCAGGCGCAGCUUAAUUUCAAUAAAGUUACACUUUCUGUUUUUUUUUUUAAAUUGA